UUCAAUUGUCAGCUGUCAAGACGAAGAAGGCGUUUAUGCUUGUGUCAGGUUAUGUACUGUAUUGACGUUAUUAAUAAAGUCAUCGAUACAAACAGUUUACGAAAAUGCAUGACGCAACGGAACGAAAAUGCGAAAUCGAAUCAAAACUUGAAAAGGAGUUGAAUAACUUGAAUAUGCUAAAGGAACUCAAGGGCAAAAGUAAUCACCUAACAAAAGGUAUGAUUAAUAUACUAGAUUCCUUUGAACAUCGAUUGGCACGUUUGGAGGAGACUAUAUUGCCAGUUUACAAUGAAACUGGCAACUUACAGAAACGUCAGGAAAACAUUGAAAAAGCACUUAAGGCACUGGAUCAUGUCAUUGGUUUCUACAGUGUCAGCCAAGAAGUAGCACAGGUAGUGCAAGCAGGGCCUGCUCCAGGAUUGGAGCCUUUCCUGGCAGCGAUGGAUAGACUUCAGACAGCACAACGUUACUUUGAAAAGAACAAUCCACAGAGUGUUGAACUCGAAAACAUAACAACACUAUUUAAUGCUGGAGGUGAUGCCCUGAAUAGAGAAUUUAAAGAUCUGCUCAUGCGGCACAGCAAGCCAGUACCUCCAAUUGUUCUCUUGGAUUUGAUUGGGGCAGAUGAAGAUACGCCAGUAGAGGAAGUCCCUUCAGCUCCAGUCCAGCUGCCUGAGGAUGUGGCUGCUGAAUUAGUACGCAUGGCUGAUUGGCUUAUCCUACAUAAUCGUGAUGAAUACAUGAAUGUGUAUGCUAGAGUUCGUGCUACGGUACUGCUCAAGUCGCUGCAGCAGCUCAAGGAACACCAGAAAUCUGCAAGUGGUGGCAGCAUCCAAGGAGUUGCAGCUGCUAACUCACCAAUGGUAAGACCUAAAUUUCAGUCACGUCAUGAUACACCAAAUCGAAGAGGAUCAAAGAGACUGCAAGUAUUUGAGAAGAAAGCUAAUAAGAUGUUGAUGAGAGCAUCACAAACUAUAGAACAUUCUACUGGUCUCACCUUAGGCACAAGACGAAGUGCUAUUCAUCUGGAAUCACGUGAAGAUGUUGUGGAUGAACAAGAAAUGGAAAAUUAUCUAGUGUGUGUAGUUGCAUUACAGAGGCUAAUGCAAGGUGAGAGAGCUCUUAUGGCUGGUAUUGUACCUCUGCAGCAUCAACACCAAGUGUUUGAAAUUGUUAUACGGGAAGCCAUGGAUAUGGUUGUACAGGAUGGUGAAAGCAUAGCAGCAAGAGCAAAACGUUGCAUCAGCCGACAUGAUUUCGCAGCAGUCCUGGUUGUUUUCCCUAUCUUGAAGCAUCUACUGACCCUGAGGCCAGAGUUUGAGCGAACUAUGGAAGGCUGUGACCAGAAUGUCCGUGCCAAGUUUUCCUCAAUUCUGCGAAUGUUACAUACAACUGGUGCUAAAGCUUUGGAAAACUUCAUAGAGAGUGUAAGGACAGAGCCAAGCACUCAGUUGCCAAAGGAUGGUACUGUUCAUGAAUUAACAAGCAAUGUACUUGUAUUUUUGGAGCAACUGUUGGACUAUGUUGAUACAAUUGGUGGUGUUCUGGGUGAAGAUCCAGCAUAUAAUACAUCUGUGGCAAGUCAUGGCAAGGUAGAUCGAAACAAAGCACUCGUCGGAAUUUACAUUCGUAAAGUACUGGAACAGUUGAGCCAGACCUUAGUUGUGAAAAGUGAAUUUUAUGGAGAUGUUUGCUUGCGAGCAGUGUUUUUGUUGAACAAUAAUAAUCAUGUGCUGAAAGCACUCCAACGGUCUGGGUUAUUAGAUCUAGUAAAACUUUCAAGGCCUAACUGUGAAGAGUGGUACCAUAGCCGCAUACGUGAACAUAAAGAUGCUUAUACACAAAGUAGUUGGAGUAAAGUGCUCAGUUACAUUGCUCCAUCAGAAUUAGUGCCUUCAUCUGUGCUACAGAAUGGCAGGUUACGUGAUAAAGAUCGUGCUGCAAUCAAGGAGAGAUUUGCUGGAUUCAACAAGGAAAUGGAAGACAUAGCAAAAGUGCAGAGGAGUUAUUCAAUUCCAGAUGUUGAGUUACGAGAAAGCUUAAAGCGAGAUAAUAAGGAAUACAUACUUCCAAAAUAUAAUGCCUUUUAUGAAAGGUACUGCAACAUCCAGUUUACAAAGAAUAAGGAAAAAUAUAUUAAAUAUGAUCCAGCAGGAGUAUCAGAAAUGAUUGACAGAUUUUUUGAUGUCGCAGCAUAAGUUAUCUCUGUAACAUAAAUAAGCAUUGUAAAUUUGUGAAUUAAAUAUGUAUUUACAGUUUGUUAAUUGAAAUGGAGAUUUUAUGUGCCUUUACAGCAGUCUAAAAUUUAGUAUUUUCGAUUUGUGCAAUAAUGAACAGUUAAUUCUACCAGGAUACAUAAAUUGUUGAAUAUUAAUAAUAAUAGAGCCGGCCGAAGUGGCUGUGCGGUUCUAGGCGCUACAGUCUGGAACUGAGCGACCGCUACGGUCGCAGGUUCGAAUCCUGCCUCGGGCAUGGAUGUGUGUGAUGUCCUUAGAUUAGUUAGGUUUAAUUAGUUCUAAGUUCUAGGCGACUGAUGACCUCAGAAGUUAAGUCGCAUAGUGCUCAGAGCCAUUUGACCCAUUAAUAAUAGAAAUGCAUCAUACUUGAAAGAUUGCAUUGAAAUUAGGGUCUAAACCUUAAAAAUCAAAUGAGAAACAAUUAUUUAAACAAUUUUCUUGUUUGAAUUAGAAACAGAGGUAACCAGUUUGUAAAAAUAAAAGUUUCAUAGUAUGGAAAAGACCUAAACUGUAUGUUGUGCUACAGUUACAGAUCUGUUUUAUAAAUUUUCUGGCUGUGUACCGGUCUCCGGUCUCGUAUUUCAUUAGUAUCCUUCAGUCAUCAACAAGCAAUAUAGUUUCUGAAUAGCGCUUUAAUAUGCUAUUUAAAGUUUUGAAAUGUAAUUACCUUUAAUAUGGCUCUUGGGAUGUGUUGAUGCAACUAUGUAAUAUUUAAAUGGAGGAUCUGCUCACAACUUUCAGGUAGUAAUACCAGUUUUAUAGUCUGAAGAUGACACACAGGUGCUCUGUUGAAUACGGCAUAGUUCAGCAACAACAUCUAAAGUAAUGCUCAAGAUCCUUAGAAGUCAAUCUAUUGGUCACAAGGAUACUACUGUUUUCCCACACUAAGGUUAAUUUUAUAAGGACUGGGUUAUAUUUAUAUAAGUGGAUGACAUUAAUGUAUAACACUUUAAUUUCCAGUUAGAAUUUUAUGGUCUAAACAGAAGAUGCGAACAGGUCAGUUCCCCUUACUAUGUUUGUGAGGUCCUAUUUAUAUCUUUUUCUGCAUAGAGUCCAUUACCAAACACAAAUUAGGCUGAAGUUAACAAGCUGUAUUGAGAAAAGUGACUACUACCUUAUAAGUUCCUUUUUCAACAUUUUUGAAAGACUAGAAGUGAAGUAAUUGAAUGUUACAUGUUUAAAUUUGUUCUUGUAUAGAGGGGUAACUGAUGUUUUUUUACGUUGGGUAAUAUGAAUGGCAUAGUGGGUUACAAAGGUAGGUCAAAGGACAGUGGGGGUUCAAUAGAAUCAGCACAAUUUUAAUACUGUAUUAAGAACACUAGAGUAAAUGGAGGAACUGAUCAUGCAUGAGUUCAGGCACUCAACUUGCAGGAGGACAUAGUUUAAAUUCCCACCACAGCAACCGCAGUAGAUUCUCUGUUCUCAUAAAUUAUUUGGGGAAAAUAUUUGGAUAGUUCCCUUGAAAAGAAUGUGGCUGUUUUCCUACUCCAUCCUAGUUCAAUCUGAGUAUGUGUUUCAUUCCUAGUAAAUCAUUAACAGGGUGUUAAACCCAUAACUGGUUCUGUUCAGUUUCACUCAUCAAGUCAACAGUUAUUUCUUUAUGAUAGUAAUGAUGAGAGGGCUUAUAGAAACAACUGACAGUAGUCAUACAAUAGAAAGUGUUGAAGAAUAUGUGUAUACAAGGCAAGACUCAAUUGUCCUGGCAAAAUUUUUUCAUGGAUGUUUACUAAAUAAUUUGAUAGAAAGAAUUGUGGUCUCAGUUGCUGUAUCCAGUUCAAUUUGUUGAUCUUUUAACAUGUAAUGUCUUUUUUAAAUACAAAACAUAUCCACUGA